AUGGGCUCAUCAUCGAAACAGUCCACUCCGUGCAGGUCCUCCGCAGGGUCCGCUGUUUUCAACCACUGCAGAUGCUGUGGUACGAUAUUGACUUAUCCAGCCCACGUGAGUCGCAUAAAGUGUCUCACCUGCAAAACCUACUUCUCCCUUGAUGCCUCCUCGCUGAAGUGCGACGACACCUCUUUGCUGGCCUCUCCGUCAGUCCAUUCCCCAUACCCACAAGCCCCCGACGCCUCCAUCCCGUUAGCCUCGCUUGCCUCGUUGAAAGACGCUAUCAGACUGGACGAAGCACACAUCAGAGCCCUCCAUUUGAACGCCUCGGACGCCAACUCAGUCCACAAGCUCUUUGUCAACGUCGAUGCAUUGAUUGGGAACUCCUUCAGUAACAUGGAGAACUUGAACAGAUGCUUUGUUUUGGAUCCCCGAAAGUCGAUCAGUCACCAUUCUCCAAACUUGAAUUACGUGGAAAUAAAAAAGUUCUACUCUCUCCUGAUGAAGCUACCAACAAAGAGACCUGUUUUCAAGCUUCUCUCUCACUCUUUAUAUCUUUUAAAGUACCCACCAAUGGACAUGGACUAUACCCAACUCAACUGGCUUCUUAUCAUACUGGAAAUACCCCUUUUGUACGAGUCAUUGAUUGGCAGAAACUCACUUUCUGUGCAUUUCAGCGAUAUCUGCUAUGAUUUAACGAAAAGAGUGAUUGGCUUGCUAACUUCUGUGGACAAGUCUGCAAUGAAAGCAUUGAUUCACUGGUGGUCGAGGUUGUCGGCAAGCGAGUUCACCCACAAGGUGGACUUUUUCAAUUUAUACAUCACAUUCCAUAUCAAUAGACUCUACACACAUGUGCUAUACGAUAAACUUGGUAAAAACCUACAAUUGUCAGAGACGGAGGAUGAUGUUAAUUUUAAAAAUAAGUUAGAUUUACAGAUUUUGCAGCACUUGAAUGAUAACAACAACGAUAGCUUGCUGAAUGCCAUGGGUGUUUUCCCCAGCAACGAUGCAAAGGCCGAAAAUAGUAUGAAAAUAACCAUCAACUUUUAUUCGGAGUGCUGGCACCUUAGGACCGCAUGUCACCUCAUGUCAUGUUUAUUCCAAUCAAAUAGAAAGCACAGCAGGAUCGACGAUUCAUGCUUUUACAAUAACUUGGUGGACUAUAUAAAUGUUCGACAGGAUUAUGAUAUUUGGCAAUUCAACAACUCAUUCAUGGAGCAUGAGAAAAAUAUAGGUUUGAAUCCGGAAUCCCUUACUGGAGAUUAUUUAUUGAUGGAGAAAUACAAAGCAUACCUGGGGAUCACUGUUCUCAACGGAGUUUACAAAAGGUCGCAAUUUACCUUUUGCUUAUAUCCAUUUCUAAUUUCAUUAGGAUCCAAAAUAUCCAUCCUCAAGCAUGAUGCUAAACGUGUGAUGGGCCAAAAGGCUGAACAGGCCUUUCUAUCAUCAGUAAUUGAGCACAAAAGUAGUGAUAUUUUCUUCAAGAUUAGUGUGAGGAGAAACAAUAUAACAAACGACUCGUUGCGUCAAAUCCAGCAGCAUCCGAAUGAUGUCCGGAAACUUCUUAAAGUGGAAUUCAUAGAUGAGCCUGGUAUAGAUGCUGGAGGUUUGAAGAAGGAAUGGUUUUUGUUGUUGACUAAAGAACUUUUCGAUGCAGAUAGAGGGUUAAUCACUUACAACAACGAAUCAGGAAUGGCUUAUUUUGCAGUAUCGAAUGAUGGGGCGUAUAACAAUGAGUUGUUCUACCUUUUGGGUGUCGUCGUUGGCAUGGCCAUUUACAACUCCAUUAUUUUGGAUAUUCGAUUCCCCAAAGUGCUAUACAACAAAUUGUUAGGACACCACACAACUUUGGAAGACUUGUAUGAGUUGGAGCCUUCUCUUGCGAAAAACUUGAGAAUGCUAACGAAAAUGAAAAAUGUGGAACAGUUGGAUUUGAACUUUGAAGUUUCAGUGACUGACAUUUAUGGUAAUAUCCAAAAGCAUGAGCUUGUUCCUAACGGAGGCUCUAUAGCUGUUGUCGACUCGAAUAAGGUGGACUACAUCACCAAGUACAGUCGCUUUUUAUUAGACCAGGUAGUAGAAGAACAGUUCACCCAGUUUUCCAUCGGUUUCAGGCAUGUCAUGGGUACUAAUGCUCUUUCACUAUUUACUCCCUCAGAGAUACAGAAGUUAGCUACGGGAGAUGACAAUAUGGGCGAGCAAACAAAGUUUGAUAUUGAGUUGUUGAAGAGCGUUUCUAAAUUCAACAAUUGUUCGAAUGAUGAUAUCAUUGUCAUUUGGUUUUGGGAAUAUUUUCACGGGCUAUGUCUUGCCAAACAGCGCAGUUUAAUGAGGUUUGUAACAGGCUCUGAUCGAAUUCCAGCUACAGGACUGGCGACGCUAAAUUUUAAGGUCACCAAAUUGAUCGAGGACGACGGAGGUUUUAGUCAACGAUUACCUAUUUCGCAUACCUGUUUCAACGAAAUCUGCUUGUGGGAGUACCACUCUUUCGACACCUUGAGGCGGAAGUUGGACAUGGCAAUUGGCGAGAGUGAAGGGUUUACAUUACAGUGA